UGAGGAGUGUUGUUUUAAACAAUGUGCUGCUCCGUGGCACUUCUGCUCUGCUGUGUGAUCGUCUUUCUGCACGGCGCAUCAUCAGUGGAUCUGCAGCCGCACAUGCCGAAUGUGUGUGAAGAGCAGGAGAUGUCUAUGCUGGGUGUGAGGCAGCCGUGCGUUCAGGUGUUCACUCAAAUGGUGAAGGUGUGGCGGCAGGGCUGCUCACUUAAGCGAUGGUGUAUGGGUUAUGAGAGGAGGACGGGGUAUUAUACGGUAUAUAGGCAGGUCUAUAAUAUGGAGAUGCAGACUGUCUACAGAUGCUGUCCAGGAUGGAUGCAGAGAGGAGAAGAUAGAGGCUGUUUGCAUAGAGUGUGUUCUGGUACCUGUUUUAAUGGAGGCAAGUGUUCAGAGACUGGUGACCAGGUAUGCCAGUGUCCAGAAGGGUUUGAGGGAACACGCUGCCAAUACGAUAUAAAUGAGUGUGCACACAGUAAUGGUGGGUGUGAAGGCACAUGCUGUAACACCAUUGGCAGUUAUUACUGCAAGUGUCCUGAUGGCAGUAAACUAGGAGCUGAUGGGAAAUCUUGCCAAGAUAUAGACGAGUGUGAGGAGCUGAAUGGUGGUUGUCAGCAGACAUGUGUUAACACACUUGGUUCAUACCACUGUGAGUGCAGUGAGGGAUUCCGCAUGCAUGCUGAUGCUCGCACAUGCAUAGCUGUGAACUCCUGCUCUGUAAAGAAUGGAGGUUGUGAGCACAGGUGUGCUGACUUGGGGAACGAUCAGUACAAGUGUGAAUGUCACCGUAACUACCAGCUCAAAAGAGAUGGCAAACACUGUGAAUUGAAAGACCCCUGUAAAGAGCGUAAUGGUGGAUGUUCUCAUAUCUGUAGCAGUGUCAAUGGACAGGCUCAAUGCAGCUGUAGAUCAGGAUACAGACUGGCCACUGACCACCAGAGAUGCGAAGACAUAGAUGAGUGUGUGUCCGGUAAGGCUAAAUGCGCUCACGGUUGUGUUAACAUGCCGGGAUUGUUUAGAUGUGUGUGUAAUCCUGGAUUUGAGCUGGGUGCAGAUGGGAAACAGUGCUACCGUAUAGAGAUGGAGAUUGUGAAUGGCUGUGAGAAAAACAACGGUGGCUGCUCUCAUCACUGUGAACACACCACCAGCAGCCCCCUGUGCUCCUGUAACCAAGGUUAUCAACUCGCUGAGGACCUCAAGACGUGUAUAGAUACUGAUGAGUGUGACAGUGGGGAAGCAUGCUGUAGUCAAUAUUGUAAGAAUUAUCCAGGUGGUUACGAGUGCAGCUGUAGACCUGGAUACACACUCAACCCCAGCGGCUGCACUUGUGAUGACAUUGAUGAGUGUGUAUCAGAGACGUCAGGUUGUGCCCAGUACUGUGUGAAUGCUCUGGGCUCUUUUGAGUGUUUCUGUCAGGUGGGAUUCAGACUGGAUUAUGACCAAAGGUCAUGCUUACCUCUGUAUGAGAGGGAUUUGGAGGAGGAGGAAGAGGAAGGUGUGGGGGGCACUGACGAUGAGCCAGAGGUGCUGCGUAUGCCAGACUUAUUAUUCCGUCGCCCCCCUCAGCUGCUACACUAUACCUCCGCUUUAAGUAGACCGUACGAAGACGAUGACCCACACACUCAGUACUCAGGACACACACACAGCCAAGAGCAAAGAGAGGAGCUGAUGGUCAUCAGCAAGAUUAUGUGUGCGGAGGGUUCGUUUGGUGACGACUGCAGUCUGAGCUGUGAGGACUGUGUUAAUGGAGGGGUGUGUGCAAUAGAGAAAGAUCGUUGUGAGUGUACACCUGGUUGGAUUGGUGUCAUCUGCAAUGAGACGUGUGUUGAGGGGACAUAUGGCGUACAGUGUAACAGUCUGUGUGUAUGCCAAAAUGGGGGCCGAUGUGACCCAGCAACCGGGAAGUGUGUGUGUCCUCCAGGGGUCCAUGGUCUGCAUUGUGAAAAUGGUUGUUCUCAGGGUUUCUAUGGAAGGUUUUGUCAAAGGAGGUGUAACUGCCCCAAUAACGGACACUGUCAUCGUCUGUAUGGGGGAUGUCUCUGUGCCCCUGGUCUCUAUGGCAAAUUCUGCCAUCUACCAUGUCCGAAGUGGACUCACGGAGCGGGUUGCUCGGAAGAAUGCGAAUGCUUGCAGGAAAACUCUCUCUCUUGCGAUCCCCAAAAAGGCACUUGCUCUUGUAAACCUGGUUACUACGGCGACCGCUGCCAGACAGAAUGUGAGCAUGGUGUCUAUGGUGAUGGCUGCCAUAAACGAUGCAACUGCUCUGAUGGUAAGUCAUGUGACCCUAAAACUGGAGAGUGCCAGAAGAAUUGCCCUGCUGGAUAUUACGGAGAAAAAUGCCAACUGGUUUGUGAGGCAGGUUUUUGGGGUGCAGGCUGUCCCAAUGUGUGCCAGUGUUCGAGUAAUGCACUAACCUGUGUGGCCAGCAGUGGGCGCUGUGUGUGUAUGCCUGGAUACACUGGAAAACGAUGUGAACAGAAGUGUCUUGAAGCCUGGUACGGAGCAGAUUGUAAGCAAGUGUGUGAGUGUGAAAACGGAGCCGAAUGUGACCACGUCAGUGGAGCCUGUACCUGUACCCCUGGCUGGGUGGGAACACACUGUGAAAUGAGAUGUCCUGUUGGGUUUUACGGGCAGGACUGCGCACAGAUGUGCCAGUGCGGGAAUGGAGCCCAGUGCCACCACAUCACAGGCGCCUGCCGCUGCACCCCUGGCUGGGCACCGCCGCAAUGCAUCCUGGCCUGUCUAGCAGGUACAUUCGGUCAGAACUGCAGUCAGCCAUGUGACUGCCACAAUGGAGGUUCAUGUGACCCGGUCAGUGGCCAGUGCAGAUGUACACCUGGAUGGACUGGAACCAACUGCCGACAGAUUUGCACACCUGGCUGGUACGGUACGAACUGUGAACAGAGAUGCAUCUGUCCAGCUGGCGUGGCCUGUGAUCAUGUGACUGGCAGAUGUGGGUGCCCAGCAGGGUACACUGGGAACAGCUGUGAGACGAUGUGUCCUCUGGGCAGAUAUGGUGUGAACUGUUCUCAAGUGUGCGCAUGUUCUGGAGAACAACAGAGCUGUCACCACGUCACUGGGAAAUGCAGCUGUCCACCUGGUUACUAUGGCAACCGUUGUCACCUCAGAUGUCGAGAGGGCACAUACGGGCCAUACUGUAAAAAGCGGUGCAGAUGUGCCAAUGGAGGGCGAUGUGACUUCAGGACUGGCUCUUGCCUCUGCCAGCCUGGAUACUUGGGACCCAACUGCAGCACCAGUUGUCCCUCAGGGCGGUACGGAAAAGACUGUUUUCAGGUGUGUUCAUGUGGGGAAGGAGGACAAUGCCACCCAGUGACUGGGAGGUGUAACUGCGCCCCUGGUAGAACGGGACGGUCCUGCGAACAAGUGUGCUCAAGAGGACGCUAUGGAGCGCAAUGUCGGAGUUUGUGUACGUGUGCGAACGGAGGUGUGUGCGACCCUGCAGAUGGGACGUGCAGAUGUGGGUUGGGUUGGACUGGGCAACACUGUGAAAGAGCGUGUAUUCCAGGUCACUAUGGAGUGAACUGCGAGCAGGAGUGUUUGUGUCAGAACAACGGAACAUGUGAUCGCUUUACGGGAUGCUGCUCCUGCCCGUCUGGAUACUACGGCCCCGCCUGCCAACACCAGUGUCCUGCUGGCUUUUUUGGCGAACUCUGUGCACAAUCAUGUAACUGCAGUCAAGGACACCUUUGUGAUCACAUGACGGGACAGUGCGUGUGUCCUCCAGGUUACCAUGGUGAACGUUGUGAAAAAAGUUGUGAUGCUGGGCAUUAUGGCUGUGGUUGUGCUGAACUCUGUGAGUGUGAUGGGGCUCCGUGUAAUUCUACCACUGGACAGUGUCUAUGCCCACCCGGAAAGACUGGAGAACACUGCGAGAAAGUGUGUGACAGUGGGACUUAUGGUCCAGGCUGCUCUUUCUCAUGUCAGUGUGCUCAUGGAGGCCAGUGUGACCAGCGCACAGGACACUGUUUCUGUCCUCUCACCUGGCUGGGACCCACUUGUGAGGAAGGUGCUAUGGUAGACCAUGUGCUCUCUCGUGUAAAGAAGUGGCGACGGCGUGUUUCACACUCCUAGUCCUGCUACGAGCACACACAUACUCCACUAACAUCCCACUAGAAGGCGAGUGGCAUGGGUGAAUGAGUAUGUGAGAGGAGAUAAGGCUUGUUAUUAUGGGUUUUUCCCCCAGACAAGCAAGCCACAGAAGAACUAGUACGAAGAAACAAUGCUACACAACACAGACACACAAGUGUCCCUUCUAGACACAAAGAAGACCACUAACAGUCUGUCAGUGAAUAUGUGUAUGUUUGUGUCUUUCUAGGCAAUCAUUCAGUCUGUGUGUGUAUUCGUUUGUAAGCAGGUCUGCAUGUAUGAACAUGUCUUUAAUGCGAUCAUCACGCACAUUACGGAGGACAAGUUCGACAUGACAUUAGUGUCAUGAGCUCUGUGUGUGUGUAUGGUUGUGAGUACACUCUCAAUUCCUUACAAAGCAAACAUCCCACAUCAGUCAGUCAAACCAAACCAUGCGAUCAGCCAAAUGCCCACCAUGCCACAAAGCCCAACCAAACUUCUCUAUUAUAGGAUCAGAGUGAAGCUGCAACCGCUCAUUUCUAUAGUACAUACCACAAAUACACAGCUAAAGUGCCACUCAAGUGGCCUCCCAUCGGAAUACCACCACACUCAAUCGGCUUUCUUCCGUCCAUACAUAUUAUACACAGUCUAAAAUUUACCUUGUAAACAUACACCAACACUAAAAUUAACAUUUUUUUUUUUUUUACAAAAUUGUCUGUAAAGUACUCUUUUAUGGUACUUAACUGUUGUUUUUAAGUCAUAUGCAGCAGGAAUUGGGAAUAUGUGCUAAAGAUAUGCUUGUGCUAUAUACUGUAUAUUUUAUUUAAAUGUUGGUUACACUCCAUCUGGUUGACUCCUGUGGCUGAUGUAUUUCCUGUGAUGUGAUUCCUGUGACAGCAUAUCCAGCAGACUGUAUUAACAUGUAAAUAUUCAGUGUUGUCACCCAUCAUCGUGCCAUUUGAGGUAAAUUGUUAAAACUGAGCUGUCCAACAGGAUUUAGACAAUCCGAAGCUUGUAAACUGAAUGAACAGUUCCUCCAAAGAUAGAACUGCCAGGUCUUACAUGCUAAACAAUCCUAAUCUAUAUAAAUGACAGUGCUUAGUGUUCAAUCAACAGUCUUUUACUGUAGAAAGUGCUGUAAAAAAAGGGUUUUUAUUCCUCUGUCUUACCUUUAUUUCUCUCAGGAUGUUGUCAGACUGAUGUACUAUCUGGCUGUACAGUGAACAUACGUAU